GGGCAACAGGUUUUUCAAACCGUCAUGCAAAUUUCUAAUCGAGUUUCAAAUGCUAGGAAACCGAGCCACUGGGAAUAUAUGUGCUCGAUGGCGAAUAAAAUUCUGGAGAACUAAGAUGGAAAGACGAAAGCCAUAAAUUUUGACCGAAUUUAGAUAAAAUCUCGUUUGGCGAAUUCUUAGGUCUUCGUUUGGUUUAGCCGCGGACUGUCGAAGAUCGCUCAAUAAAUAUACACUCAAGUCAUCGACUACGUCCAGCAGAAACGCAAACUACACACAAUCGGUGCAAGUAGAAAAUAAUUAGGCUAUCAAUCGGCGAAGAGAAAAGACACAAAUCGCUCUGGGAAACUGUGUAUAUUAUUGAUUCGUUGCGUCCGUAAGCCAUAUAUACAAGACGGACGAAUGUUUGCAUUCAAUGUCACUAUCAAGGAGGACGACAUUAAAACUAUGGCGCUUCACGAUUCUGUUUGCUAAACUUGACUCAAGCGAUGCAAAAGAGAAUCCCUGAGGAAGAUCUUUAAUUCCUAGUCAAUUGGUGGACAUUUAUUGUCAGGGAUUUUGGUCAAAUUUGCCGGAGAAAGCAUCGAAAAUUCAUUCGUUUCCUGAUGUUCAAAACAUGGUUUGUUAUACUUGACUGAAAGGCGUUCUGACAUGGAUGCUAUUUCUGGCGUGCCAUCAUUGACGGCAGUAGCGGACAAGAAAUCUUCACUGGGAUGCAACACGGACGGACGAAACAACUCUCACGUUCGCGCUAUCCGAGGAGACCAAAUGCCAAACAAUAACAGUACCAUAUCUUACUCUACUGCCGUACCAGAUACGACCGAUCGUAUUGUCAUCAAUGUUAGUGGAUUAAAAUUUGAAACACACAUUCAAACCUUAGAACAGAAUCCGGAUACAUUACUGGGGAAUGAAGCCAAGAGAGCAAAAUACUACGAUGGCAUUCGAAAUGAAUAUUUCUUUGAUCGCAAUCGACCAGCAUUUGAUGCUAUAUUGUUUUAUUACCAAUCCGGAGGAAAAUUACUGCGUCCCGCGAACGUGCCGAUGGAUGUGUUUGCGGAUGAGAUACGAUUUUAUGAAUUAGGAGAGGACGUACUACACAAGGUUGAACAAGAGGAGGGCUACAUUGAGGAAGAAAAACCCAUUUUACCGGAAAAUAAAUUUCAGAGACAAAUUUGGCAACUCUUCGAGUUCCCAGACACUUCGCUCGCCGCUCGCUUCGUAGCUAUCUUCUCCGUGGUUGUUAUUACUCUUUCAAUAGUGACAUUUUGUGUCGAGACACUACCACAGUUCCAGAAAAAGAAAGAACAAGAUAUGGCUGGAUCUAUCAACGGCACUAGGGCAGAAAACGAGAGGUAUGACCAACCUUGGUUCUCCUUAGAGUCAGCAUGUAUUGUAUGGUUCACAUUUGAAUAUUUCAUGCGCCUAAUAUCUUCACCUCAAAAACUUGUCUUCGUGCGAUCGUUUCUUAACCUUAUCGAUAUUGUGGCGAUUAUGCCGUAUUAUAUAACAUUACCGAUGCAAGAUACCAAAGCUUCAUCCCUUGGCGUGUUAAGGGUCAUUCGACUUGUGCGUGUUUUUCGAAUCUUCAAGCUCUCCCGCCAUUCAAGGGGAUUACAAAUUCUAGGACAUACUCUACGCGCGAGUCUUAGGGAACUUGGGUUAUUGAUAUUUUUUCUCCUUAUUGGAGUUAUUCUAUUCUCUUCGGCUGUUUACUACGCGGAAGGAGGAGAAAAAGGGACUCAUUUCAAGAGUAUUCCUGAUGCAUUUUGGUGGGCAGUAGUAACGAUGACAACAGUGGGCUACGGAGAUAUGAGACCCAUCACUGUUUGGGGGAAAAUCGUGGGUUCCCUGUGUGCUAUAUCCGGGGUACUGACAAUAGCUCUCCCAGUCCCGGUAAUAGUCAGUAAUUUCAACUAUUUCUAUCACCGUGAAAAUGAGCAGCGGGCCGCAGAGGCAAGUAAAAAAGAAAAAGAGAAGAAAGAAGCAGAACGCAAGCUUAAAGAGGAACAAGAGGCCUUACAACAACAAGAACAAGAAGAACACGAAAAACCACCCUAUAUAACAAACCAAUGGGGUGUUAAACCACAGUACGAAGUUAUUGAUCAAAAUGGGAUGAAUGGACCCGAUGUGAUUGGGAUAGAAAUGGAAGAUGUGAACUCGGUCCGCAAGGCCUCGGGUAUAAAGGCCAACACGGCUGUUGUCUCAAACUCUCUUCCGACUGUCGAAUAUUCAGACGCUAAAUUAAGAUACGAAACUGGUGUUUAAGUAUUUUGCUCUUUUGGGAUAUUAAUACCAAAGAAAACAUCCGAAAAAAAACAACAGAAAAUGGCACUUCUAAUAUAGAAAAGCUCGAGAAUCGAAGAAGCCCGCGAUCAGGCAAGAGAAUUUAAGAGCCUAAUUUCGUUAGUGUUAUGUGGAAAUUCUCUAAUUUUCCUGGGGACAUCUGAAAAAUUCAGAUUUGUAAAUGGAAGAAAUGAAAUGAAUGGAUGAAUGGAAUAUGGCGUUCCGAGUCGCGGUUGAAGUGGUCUGGCUGACAGAAUAGGAAAGCCUCCUUCAAAUAUGCAAAAACUGGAUGGCUAUAAUCGAAGUAAAUAUUCUAGUACAUUUGACGGACGAACGAAGCUUAACAGCAAAAAUAAGGCCCCGGAGAAAAACACACAAAGAAACGAAUAGAAAACACAUUCAAAAUAUAUUAAAUGCUGGAAAUUUUCACUGAGCUUCGAAAUAAUAAUGGAUGUUUUCGCUUCGUAUGCGAAUGACAAGUUUAGUUGUAUUGGAUUCAUCUUUCAUGCUACGUCUACUGAUACAUAAUUAAUAACGGCUUGAUUAACCGGAGUUCCAGCCGAUUUGGAGCCCAAGAAACAAGCGAAUAAAUCCAAAUACAGAGAGAGAUAUGAACCGCAAUUUUGUCAUCCCAUGGUUUUAUCAGCAGUGUAGUUAUCAUGUCUUUCGAAGACACUUUAGCACCAACUUCGCAAUUGAAAUUGGACGAUAAAUUCUGUUUUUUAUUGCUCAGAAAUUUUCUAUCGAUUGAGUUUCAAAACGACAACGAUUUGUUCGUACUGUUUGUUCUACGAUUUUGGCGAAGGGUGGAUUACAAUUUCAUUACGAGUUUACUUCAAUCCGUCGAACAUUACUGGACUCAAUUUGUAUAUCCCGCUUUUUUAAUGUAUACGACCCGAACAUGUCGGGUCGAAUCCCGCAAGGUCUGUCGUUAGAUAAAUGCAAUUGUACAGACCAAAAAUGAAUCGCCGCGUUUUCUAAUUUAUUGUUCUAGAGUUUCUCGAAGUGAAAUCUAAAAAAAUUUCCAAAUCAUAUAAUUGGAGGAUCGAUCUAUACUAUAACAUUACUGCAGGCAGGCACGAUGUUCGUGAAUCUGGAUUCUAGAUCUUAUCUUGACAAUUCCAACAAAUCUCUUGUAAUCUUGUAACAAUAUUUCGAAUUACAAAAAAAUUCAAGACAGAGAACGUCUAUUGAGAUUCGAUGCAUAGAGAUUAGGCCGAGAUCGUGUAUGCGGUACUGCAAGGGGUGGAAUUGUGGGAAACUCAGGCGGAUUACAGCUUCAAAUACCGAAGGAAUUGGAAUGUUAUUACUUUUAUACUCGUUAUUAUUUCAAUAGUAGCUUUCUUGCCUUUGUACUCUCUCCUGAAUGGGAAGCUAUUUUGUCUAGAACUUUUUCUAAAUGCUAAAGAUUGUUUACAAAGCCACUACGAUAAAAUUGAAUGAGUGCUGGAACAGAUUGACUCGAAGAUUGGCUAAUAUCACUUUUAAAAGUAUUUAUAUCGAACUUAAAAAAAAAAAAAAAA